CACACUGCUCUCUCUCUCUCUCUCUCUCUAUAUAUAUAUAUAUAUAUUUAUAUAUGCCACACUAAUGUAGACAAAUGCAGCCUUACUUUUUAUGCAAGUCCAAGAUUUUUAUGUGUCCUUGUGAUAAUUUAGUCAAUACAGCAUAUAUUGUAUGAUUCAUGAAGCAUCACCUCUCUCUCUCUCUCUCUCUCUCUCUAACUUUAUUAGGUUUUUUUUUUUUUUUUCCCUUUGUCAAGGUCAAUCCACAUUUCUACUUUCUUUUUAAAUUUCUUUCAUUAAAAAUUCAGAUAACUAUAUGACAUUCAGCUCAAUAGUUUAGAUCCCAAUGGGACAAUGUAUAAAAAACACUGUUUUUUUAUGAUCUGAAAUCAGAGUUCUCUCUUUAUUAUCAUUUUUUAUUGGCACAUUAAAAGGGCUAAUUACUAAAUGCACCAUCUCUUAGGUUGAUUUAAACUUAGAAAUUUAGACUUUAAAGUACUCUACAUGGACUUAUUGAGAAAGACAUUAUUUGGUGAGUAAUUAUUAAGCAAGAAUUUAAUGAAGUUGAUGUUAGUUUUUGAAUAUAAAUGUAACAAAUGGAGGGGACAAUUGUUCCUCCUAUGGAAAUUAAAUGAUGUCAAAGAGGAUUCAGUGAAUUUAAAUUUUGAUUCUGUUAUAACAUAUAUGCGAGUCUUAAUUGUUUUGUUAUCAUAGUUGCUUUAAUUGUUAGUUUGAAAAUAAGGGUAUAAGACUCACAAAGUUCUGGAUACUGCUCCCACCAACAUGGGAUUCUUGGAGAGGAAGAGUGGAGACAAACUUGACAUUAUUUAUACUGCUUUUAGACUCAAACCCUCAUCCUCGCAUUGAUCGCGUUGAGUUUUUCAUAAUGCUUCUUCCACCAGCUUCUUAAAAUGCCUCACUGAGCAUGGAAGGUUGUUCUUAGACAUCCCUAUGACCCUAUAAUCGUGGACUUUUGAAAUCUGUACAAACUGGGAAUUCCCUUUGAGAGUUCAUACAUUGAAAACGAGAUACAAAUGGCAUCCCUGACACCCGGAGUACUACUUAAACUUCUUCAGGGAAUGAAUUCUGGUGCAAAAGUACGUGGUGAAUAUCGAUCUGUCCUUCUACAAGUGAUCAGCAUUGUCCCGGCCUUAACUGGUCCAGAACUAUGGCCAAACCAUGGAUUCUUCAUAAAAAUAUCGGAUUCUUCCCAUUCAACAUAUGUCUCGUUGUCAAAGGAAGAUAAUGAGCUCAUCUUAAAUGAUAAGCUGCAGCUAGGCCAAUUCUUCUAUGUGGACAGGAUGGAAUCUGGAAAUUUGGUUCCUGUUCUAGUUGGGGUGAGGCCGGUUUCAGGACGACAUCCAUUUGUGGGUAACCCCAAGGACUUGAUGAAAAUCUUAGAGACGUCCGAGGGCCCCAUCCAAUUUGAUCAGGAAGAUUCAAAAUUGAGUGAAUUGUCAGAAACCAAAGAGGAGAAUCCUAUAAAGAAAUUUGUUAUCAAAGAGGAGAAGGCGAGCGUUGCAUCUAGGUACAUGCAGGGUGUCUUAACAUCGAAUACAAAAUUAAAUGGAGCUGAUUCGAAUAUCUGUGGAAAAGGCAACGAGAAUGAGAUUGGUGGAGCAUGUAAGAAGGUUGGAGCUGUAAAAGGCAAACAGCAUGAGCUUAAAGGUCAGACACGAUCAACAACUCCUUCCAUCAAUCGCCCUGAUGCAGGCAAGCCACAUCCAGAUGUUACAGUAUCUGACACCAAGGAGACCUUGGCACCAUUGAAAGUCACGACGACAAAGCGCACAAGUAAACAAGAAAAUGUGAACUCGAAUGGUUUGUCAAAGAGUAAAGAUAAAAAUCAAUCAUCUGAGGAAAUAUCUUGGUCCUCUCUGCCUGCCAAGCUUUUGAAGCCUGGGAAGGGGAUACUUAGGAGGAGAAACUUAGCUUCUCUGGUAGCAGCAGAAGCUCAUAGAGAAGCAACUACGACUGCAAUUCUUGUCAAGUGCCUCGGUAUGUUUGCCGAUCUGUGCUCAUCUGCCUCGCCUGAGAACCCUCACCUCUCUCUCACCAAGUUCUUCAUCCUCCACCAGCUCAUCAACCAACCAAAUGUCACAACCCCAUCUAAGGAUAAACCACUUAAUUUCUCUAAUAACUCCUCAGCUCAAGACACGGAGAAAUCCAUUAAAAAGAGAGGUCUUGGACGUGGUAAGAGUACAUUGAAGUCUCCAAAUCCAUCAGUAGAGCUAAGUGGUGCUGAGAAACUAGAGUGGGCAAAAGGAGAUUGUUCAAAAAAUAUCAAAGAACUUAGAGAGAUUCUGCUAACUGAAACACAAUCCUGGUUUUUGAAAUUCUUGGAAGGAGCACUUGAUGCUGGUUUUCGUGUGGGUACGCAGGAAAAGAGAGGAAAGGACAGUGUGGGACGGCGGAUGGAACCGGACAACCAUAUUGCUGUCACAUUAUCUCAGCUUAAGAAAGCAAAUGAAUGGUUGGAUAAACUAAAAGGCAACUUGACCUCAGAGAAAAAAGGAUUAAUUGAGACUGUUGACCGUUUGAAGCAAAAAGUGUAUUCGUGUUUGCUUCUUCAUGUGGACUCGGCUGCAUCAGCUCUAGAGAGCCGAUCUGAUCGCGUUUGAUUCAAGACAAGUAGAUUGUCAUACAAUUUAUGUCACGUGGUAUUUAUAAAUAAUUUAUAAUAUUUAAUUUGUAUUUGAUUGCUAAAGUUCCUCGAGUGAAAUUCAAGGUCACCUGGAAUGCAGAUCAUCUAUAUAUGAAGAAGUGUUUUUUGUAUAAGAAAAUAAUGAGGCCAUUUAAAUCUCAAAUUGAGCAUUUCCAAAUUUUCCCUU